AUGUCUACAUUAAUCACUAGCUAUGAAGAGCUUGAAAGAAUUGUUUUGAAAGAUAAAAAUUAUGAGCUGCUCACUUUCAUCAAUUUCUUUGAUACAUCUGGGAAAUACAAUCAUCCUAGUUACAAAAAAACAAAUGAACUCUUUGAAGAAGAGGCUACUAGGAUCGAAAAUGAAAAAAAUGAUUAUAAUGCUGAAGCCCCAAAGUAUUAUAGGGUAGAUUUGAACGGGUUUCAAGAAAGUAUCGAACAUAUUUAUGAUACUCUGUUUUAUGGUAGAGAUGAUUCUAAUGAAGUUUACUUUGAUCAACCAGUUAUUGCUGCUAUUGGUGACAAUAGAUUGAAAAAAGCUGUUGAAUCGUAUGAUCCAUAUGAUCAGCUUGCCAGCUUACUUGAUGACCCUGUUUUCUUUGCCUGA